UUUUGCUAAGAGUGUAGAUCGACGGGAGCGCUCGUGAGUAUGAACUACUAGCCAAUCGUAGCGCAGGAGGGGCGGGGCUUGCUUGGAAACGGGUGGGUUUAAAACGGGUGCUUUUCCUUCCCACCUCCUUCACGACGGCCCUGCGUUUCCCUCGCUCGUGGGCGCUGUCUCCGCCAAUCAGAUCGCGCGGAGAGGGGAGGGCGGAGCGCGCCGCUGGUGCUGAGUGAACGGACUCCGGCUCCGUCCACACCUGGAUGAGCUGGAUGAGGAGCCAAACGGAGAAGGGGACGCUCUCGCCGGCUUGGCUCGCGACGUGGGCAAUGAGUUUACGUCAUCAUUUUUUAAGUGGUCAGCGCUUGCUGGAUGGCGAUCCGAUCGCAGAACGGAGGUGGACAAAAUAUGAAAAGUAAAAGAAAAAAUGUGCACGUGCCAGCACUGCUGACCUGUCAAGUAGUAAACAAAUAAACAAGCAAACAAACAAACAAACAAAUAAACGGUUUGAACAGAGAUGAUGUUGAUACGCGGCGGCGCGCGGACUCGGUGGUGUUCGGAAGGAGGAAGAUGAGGAAGAUCACAGGUCGUGAUGAUCAUUAAGUUGAUGAUGAUGAUGAUGAAGAGGAGGCACACCGCGGCGCUGUCCGGGCACGAAGUUUCCCUGCGUGGCUCUCGCGCUGGCAGCACCGGAUUCCUCUCUUAAACUUUUUUUGCCCCCGUGGCGUGCAAAGGAGUGGAGAUGUCGCGCGGACGACCGUCUGCGAGCUUCGGUCAGUCACGGUGCAGGGGGCACCGGCCAGCUCGCCCUUUCUCCACGUGAGGCUGCUCUAACUUGAGGUGGUUUCCAGGAGUCCCGGGUUCGGCUGAGAGAAGUGUCCGAGACUCGCGCGGGCUGAUGCAAACGAGCCUGUUGGUCAAAGAUUCUGAAGCUGGACUGUGCAGGACUGACUGACCCACCACUCAGUAAAGCGGUUUUAAAAGCCAUACAGACUCUCUGGGAGGAGAAGCUGGAGUGGAGCGAUGGAGUGAUGGAGUGAUGGAGUUCACUGUGGAUUGUUUCACAACCUAAUAAGGACCACGUGGACGUCCAGGUGCACCAGGAGCUCUGCCUCUGAACACAUCUGGGUCUUUUUAUUUUCUGGAGUAACAAACUUUGCUUCUUGGAGAAGAUGCAUGCGUGCAUGAUCAGCGCUGAAGUUCACUGAAGGCUGAAGUUGCCCGUGCACGCAUAGACGCCCCCUGCAGUGUCCUAUUUUCCGACAGUAUGCUAUAGCGCUGCUAUGAGGCUCCGUGUUGCGGGUUGAGCUCUGCCCCUGCCCAGCUUCUUCCUGCCCCAGAGCUGCUCCUGCCAGCCUCCAUGCAGGCCAAGAAGCGCUACCUGCUGGUGUCUGCGGGGGCCUGCGUCCUGCUACUGGCCUACCUGUGGACCCUGCAGGUUGCUGAGCUUCAAACCCGGAGCCACCCAGAGCGCUUCUACAGGCCCUCCCAGCUCCAGCCUGAGUGGGUGGAGCCUCCCUUGCGGCCGUACCUGGAUGGGGCAGAGCAGGAGGAGGACAGCCCUCUCGUCUUGCACCAGCACGCAUCACCGCGCGAACGCCGGGAGACCCGCAAGAACAUCUACAAGAGCCGACGCUGCCGCAUGGAGACGUGCUUUGACUUCAGCCGCUGCCAGAGGGUCUUUCGGGUCUACGUGUACCCGCCCCAGAAAGGCGAGGUCAUCUCUGAAAGUUACCGGAAGGUUCUGGCUGCAAUCGAGGAGUCCCGCUUCUAUACGCGGGAUCCUGAUGAGGCGUGCCUCUUUGUGCUGGGCAUGGACACCUUGGACAGGGACCAGCUAUCCACUCAGUAUGCUCAGGAUGUCCGAGCCAGAAUCCAGAGCCUUCCAUUGUGGAAUGAGGGCAGGAACCACCUGAUCUUCAACUUGUACUCUGGAACUUGGCCUGAUUAUACUGAGGAUUUAGGCUUUGACGUGGGCCAGGCCAUGCUAGCCAAGGCCAGUGUGGAUGUUGGGAACUUCAGGCCUCGAUUUGAUGUAUCUAUCCCCCUAUUUUCUAAAGACCACCCCCAGAAAGGUGGAGAGAAGGGUCACUUGGCAUCCAACAAUAUCCCACCUGCACGGAAAUACCUGCUGGUGUUCAAAGGGAAGAGGUACCUCACAGGAAUCGGCUCUGAAACCAGGAACGCUUUGUAUCAUAUACAUAAUGGGGAAGAUAUGAUUUUGUUGACAACCUGCAAGCAUGGCAAGGACUGGGAGAAGCAUAAGGAUGCCAGAUGUGACCGAGACAAUGAAGAAUACUCAAAAUUUGAUUACCAGGAGCUGCUUCACAACUCUACGUUCUGUCUGGUUCCUCGCGGCCGGCGGCUCGGCUCUUUCCGUUUCCUUGAAGCCCUGCAGGCAGCGUGUAUUCCUGUGUUAUUGAGUAACGGAUGGGAGCUACCUUUCUCUGAGGUGAUCGACUGGAGUAAAGCUGCGAUCAUCGGAGAUGAGAGAUUACUACUGCAGAUCCCCUCCAUCACCAGGUCUGUCGAUGCGGACCGUAUCCUGGCUCUGAGACAGCAGACCCAGUUCCUUUGGGACUCCUACUUCUCCUCCGUUGCGAAAAUAGUCUUAACUACAUUAGAGAUCAUCCAGGACAGGGUACACACACACAUCUCCAGGAGCAGGUUGAUGUGGAACUCUCUGCCUGGUGGACUAUACACACUCCCACACUUCUCUUCUGAUCCUACACACUUUCCCUUCUACUACGGAGUCCUGGGUAAGACUCCUCAGCAGGAGUUCACAGCUGUUAUUCAGGCUGUGACUCCUCUUCAGUCUCCACUGCAGCCCAUCCUCAAACUCAUCAUCGCCAUGGCCAAGUCCAAGUUCUGCGCACAGAUCAUCGUCCUGUGGAACUGCGACAAACCCUCCCCCCCCAGAAGCAAAUGGCCGUCCACCACCGUCCCUCUCACUGUCAUUGAAGGAGAGAGAAAGACAAUGAGUGGCCGUUUUUUCCCUCAUGACGUCAUCAGGACAGAUGCGGUGCUCAGCCUGGACGAAGACUCUGUUCUGUCCACCAAUGAGGUUGAUUUUGCUUUCAUUGUGUGGCACAGUUUUCCGGAGCGGAUCGUGGGAUAUCCUGCACGUAGUCACUACUGGGAUGGAGGGAAGGCGAGGUGGGGCUACACCUCCAAAUGGACCAAUGAGUACUCAAUGGUGCUGACAGGGGCCGCCUUUUACCACAGAUACUAUAAUUAUCUGUACACUCACUAUCUACCUACUCGGCUGCUCUCCAUGGUGGACCAGCUGGCCAACUGUGAGGACAUCCUAAUGAACUUCCUCGUCUCCGCGGUAACCAAGCUCCCUCCAAUCAAAGUCACGCAGAAGAAACAGUACAAGGAGACGAUGAUGCAACAGGGUUCUAAGUCAUCCCGGUGGGCAGACCCGGACCACUUCGCUCAGAGGCAGUCCUGCAUGAACUCUUUCACCAGCUGGUUCGGGUUCAUGCCGCUGCUUCACUCUCAGCUCCGUCUGGACCCCGUCCUGUUUAAGGACCAGGUGUCCAUCUUACGCAAGAAAUACAGGGACAUCGAGCGGCUUUAGGGAGACCGACCGCUCUGACCACACGACCCAGAGACUCGAAUUUCAUCUACACAAGUGAACUAACAGCCUUUGUGUUUUUUAUCGACAUGCGCCGUUUUGCCUGGACUCAUAAAUAUUAUGUCUGCAAAGUCAUUUAAUUCAUUAAAAAAGUAUAUGCAACUCUGGGCCUUUCCCUUUCAGUGGCUCUGGUCAACGUCACUGCGGGCGUUGGAGAACGAGGCGGACUUUCAGGUCCUUGACGUCUUUAUCGUUGUUUGUGGAGACGGCCGACGCUGACGCUCGCCGAUGCCUGCAAUAUGUACUUUUAGUUCCCUUAUUUUUUGUACGAUGUACUCUUUUUUUAAAGAAGAAAGCCUAAAGUCGAAUAAAACCUCUG